CAAAUGAGAAACCGGUCUGUCAGACAUGUUAGAUGCUCUGCAAGUAGGAUGAACACAACCCCAAACAAAAGCGACAAAAUGUACCCACAGUCAACUUCCCUCUCUCCGCUCCCAAAAGUUGCCUUUAAUGAACUCUCCCACAAAUAUCUUCUUGACGCCUACGAUUGUUCCUUCUUUUCUUUCCUUUCUCUCUCUUCCUCUCUUCCUUUCUUCCUCUCUGUCUAUCUUUGCUUUUAGUUAGUUUUACUUCUUUCCUGUUCUCCUCUGCUUUUUCUAUAAUUUCUUUGUUUUUUUUUUCAUUUCUCUUCCAUCGAAGAGGAAGCUUUCUUGUAAGAAUGAAGGCAACAAGGAGCAGAGCAGCUGCAAGGAAGGACAACAACAAGGAAACAGUAAAGCCUGUUGAGAACAGGAUCGUUGGAAAGAGAAAGGCAGCACUCCAAGCUGAUAAGAGUAACCAAAAACGCGCAAAGAAUGAGACAUGGGCCAAGAAAGACCCCAACAAACCCAAGAGACCUCCCACUGCUUUCUUUGUUUUUCUAGAAGAGUUUAGAAUAAUUUACAAACGAGAGCAUCCAAAAGUGAAGGCUGUCUCAGCUGUGGGCAAGGCGGGAGGAGAAAAGUGGAAGUCCAUGUCUAAUGCAGAGAAAGCUCCAUAUGAAGCAAAAGCAGCAAAAAGGAAAUCAGAAUAUGAGAAGCUCAUGGAAGCCUACAAAAAGAAACUGGAAAAUACCGAAGAUGAGGAAGAAGCAGAGUCUGAAACAUCAAAAUCCCAGGUGAAUGUCAAGGAUGAUGAAGAAAGUGAGGUAACCUAUUUAAGCUAUGCGCUUGCCUUGUCUACCUUGUGUGAAAAUUUUCAGUUUUCACUUUUGCAGCAGUUCUCUAUUACAUGGAGGAUGAAGAAGAAGAUGAGGAUGAUGACUGAAUCUCGCGGCUUCUGUUUUAGUUCUGUAAAUGAACCAUGUUAAAAAAAAAAAAAGAAAAAAAAAUCUGUCUUAGUGGCUUUGUAUGAUAGUAUGUUUGCCUUAUGUCAUGCGAGCUUGGUUUAUCGAGGAGAAAUAAAACGCAGCUUCUCUAUUGCUAUAUUAGUCCUGUAAGCCUGUAAGGUUACUCCUGUAUAUAUUUACUCGGCAUGCAUAUACUAACUCAUUAUCUCUGUGAAUAUAUAUAUCUGAACAUUCUAGCUCA